GCGGCGCGGGGCGCUGCGCGCGGGCGCUGCGCGGUCAGUGCGUGCCCCGCCGCCCGCCAGCCAUGUCGCGACAGAGCCCUCAGGAGGAGAACCUGCAGGGGUCCUGGGUGGAGCUGCACUUCAGCAGCAAUGGCAGCUGCAGCGGCAGCUCUGUGUCUGGGGGGAGCCAGGAGCAGGUGCCAGCCUCGCUCUCCAUCCACAACGGGGACAUGGAGAAGAUCCUGCUGGACGCCCAGCACGAGUCGGGCAGGAGCAGCUCCAGGGAGAGCUCGCACUGUGACAGCCCUCCUCGCUCCCAGACCCCCCAGGACAGCCACAGAGCUCUGGAGAUAGAGAGCCACAGCAGUGGGGAGAAGAACAGCUUCCAGUCCGAGGAGGAUUUCCUGGAGAGGAGGAGGGAGGUGGAGCGGCUGCUGAGGAAGAACGCGGAUUGGAUCUGGGACUGGUCCAGCCGGCCCGAGAACAUCCCCCCCAAGGAGUUCCUCUUCAAGCACCCCCGGCGCACGGCCACGCUCAGCAUGAGGAACACCAGCGUCAUGAAGAAAGGGGGGAUAUUCUCUGCAGAAUUCCUGAAGGUGUUCCUCCCAUCCCUGCUGCUCUCUCACCUGCUGGCCAUUGGACUGGGCAUUUACAUCGGGAGGCGCCUGACCACCACGGCCUCCAGCAGCUCCUUUUAGAGGCGGCCGCGAUGGGCGAGCGGAGCGCGGCGGACUCGGCUGGAGCGCGGGAGCGCGCAGGAGGGGAGCUGCGUGGCGCCGUCCCGUCCGUGUGUGUGUCCUGUCCGUGUCCUGUUUUACUUUAGUCUAAACAUGGGAAGGGAGACGCCGGAGCCCCCGUGUCACAUAGAGCCUUCUGGAUCAAUCCCUGCUGGAUCAACCCCUAGAGCACGUGGCAGACGCUGUAAUGCCCCUUAGUGCUUUGUAGUGAAGUACCUGAGAAUUAGAGCAGCUCGUGUUGAGAUCGGUGCCAGCCGUGCCCGUCCCGCCCGCUCCCGUGCCCGCGGUGGGAAUGUCGCUGCUGCUCCUGCAGUCCCCGCGGGGAGGGAGGAGCCCGCACUGAGAGUGGCCUUAGGGAUGGAGCCGGGAGGUCCCGGGGGCUGUCACCGCCCCGGGGCACAGCUUCUCUGGUAGUUAGUUGUUGCUUAGUUCACGUCGGUGGAAGGUGUAUGGUGUUGAGACACAGGGGGAAGAGAGGAGCACGUGGGUAAAACUCUUAUCAGUUUGUCUUAGUUCAGAGGUAGAAUUUGGAUUUAGUGCCUACUAACAGCUGCUUUUGCCAGGACAUUUAUUUAACCCCUAGCAGUUAGUCCAGGUUCUCUGCUGUACCUACUGCCGGCUGUCGCUUCACAGGCUUUACCUGUCCCACAGAAAUCUGCACCUGACCCCGGCCCUGGGCACGUGAACCACAGGGUGGCUUCUUGGUUUUUACUGAUGUAAUGCCUUUCCCUUCAGUGAUUUUACCUUAUUUAAUGAGAAAAUGAAUGUUUGCCAAAAUACCGUGUUUUAUAUAUUUAAAUAAAAAGGUUCCUGGUGAA